CAGGAAGACGGUUGUGUUGUGGUUUGUCAGCUGAAUAUCUGCGUAGUUUCAGCAACAAUGUCUUCAGUUCAGCAUCUGAGAGAGUUUAUCAGAGAGCGACUAACUGCUGCUGCUGAAGAAAUCUUCUCAGAGGUUGAGAAAACCAUCGUCCGCUACGAGGAGGAGCUCCAUGGUCUCCGCAGGAUGAUGGCUAUCAGCUGGAAACCAGAACUGAAGCUGAGCAGAACCGCCAUGGAGCUGCAGAGACAAAGUUCUGACCUCCAGAAGCCACAUGUCUCCAUGGAGGAGGAAGCUUCUUCCAUCCAACAGCUCUGCAACCAGAGGAGAAGGUCCAGUCAUGACCAGGAGGAAGCAGAACCUCAGUGGAUUAAAGAGGAAGACAUGGAGCCUGGGUCUUCAUGGGUUAAAGAGGAACAAAGGGAACGGGAACCACUAAUUGAAGACCAACAGGACCCAGAAGUUCCACUGAUUGAGAAAGAAAAGAAGGGACCAGAUUCUUUUAGGCUUAAACAUGAACAACAGUAUCCUGAACAUUUACCAACUAGAAGGGAUCAGGAGGAUGUCUGCAGCAGUCAGGGGGGAGAACAGCUUGUCCAGAAGCAGUCUGUUGCUCUAAUGGAGACCUUUACCCUUCAGGAACGUGAAGGAGAACCAGGAACUGAGCAGCUUUCCUUUCAUAUCUCUCCUGUAGUUCAGACCAAAGACCAGGAAGGAAGCAGCUCCACUGGGUCACAGAAUCAGUCUUUCACUGACAAUAAGAAAAUAUCUUGUCCAAAAUGUCUAAAACUUCUAAAAUGUCUAAAAUGUCUAAAAUGUGAUGUUUGCGGGAAGUCUUGUAAGAGCAAGAGUUUAUUGAAAGAACAUUACAGAACCCACACAGGUGAGAGGCCUUUUCCUUGUCAGACAUGCGGUAAAAGUUUCACUCGAAUGUGUCAUUUAAAUAGACACAAGAGAAUCCACACAGGUGAGAGACCUUUGCCUUGUCAGACAUGUGGAAAAUGUUUCUCUCGACUGGAUUGUUUAAAUGUUCACAAGAAAACACACAUAGGUGAGAGUGUUUUUUCAUAAGGAACAUGUGGACAAAGCUUCAUAUGUGACUGGAGAUCUUCAUGGCUUUCCUUUCUCCAGACUGGCCAGCUCCUCAGGAAAUUGUUUCUGCUGACAGUACUUGACGAUAGCCAGUUCAGUCUGGUCCAAGUCUUUCUCUGUGAGUAGUUUGGGCACAGUGGUUCUUUAAACUUGUCCAUCUCCUCAUUCACAGACGACUCCUUUUUCUCUCCGGUGAGGGCAGAGUGUGCCAUGGUCAGGCGUAACUGUCUCUUAUUCUUCACACAGGACAGAAUCCAGUCUUUUAGUCUCAGGAUCCAUGCCACAGAUCUGUUCAAACCUGUCCAGGGUAAAAAAUACUGGAUCAAGUGAGAUACUGGCUCCUUUUCUGCUUGUAUAACAUUCACUAUUGCUAUUUCUUUUCACCUCAGGAUCUUCAGGGGAAUCUGACUGAUAUUUUGUGGACUGACAGGCCGUCACACAAAAUGAGGUCCUGACAAGGAUGUUUAAUGAACGCCUCAACUUUCACCCGUCUAGAAGCCAUGUCUGCUGGAUUACCAGCAGUGUCCACAUAUCUUCACUGUGAGCCACAUAAAAACCUCAGAAUCUGUGAGACCCGGUCAGCUGCCAAUACUUUAUAAUGUGAGAUCUCAUCCCUAAUGUACUUGAGGACUGAUUCACUGUCUGUCCAAAAUACAGUUAUUUGAUUAAAAUUGAAUCUGCCUGCUCAAAACAUUACGCUGAGCUGUCAACCGCCCCAAGAUGGCGCCCCCAAAUCUCGUCAGCGAAAGCGGUCUAUGCGGGGUCUACUCUUUAUAUUAUUUAUAUUUCUUUAUCUUUCAUGCAGUGUUUUUAUUCUGUUCUGAGGAAUAAAACAUUGAUAUGGAGCCUUUAUUUUGACAUGAACAUCCUUUUUUAUUUUAUUUAUUUAACAAGCAGUGUACAAAGACUAGUAGAGGUACAAAGAACAUUGCAGCACAGGUAGAAGUAAAAUAAACACAACAUGGGGUUAAGACUAAAGACAAACACAAACAGUAAGGCCAAAGAAUAAAAAUGGAGUGAGAUUUAAAAGAAAAGAAAAGUGGACAUACUGGGAGUUGCUAUUUUGCAGAAACAGAUUUCAAAUGUUUCAGUGAGGUAUAAUACAGUUAAAAUUGGUUAUGAAAAAAAUCAAAACAUGGAGUAGAACCUCUCCAUUUACA